UCGAAGAGUCCCGUGGGCAGUACGCCAUUAGAUACGACAUAAUCAGCAUCCCUGAAGACCAGGAAGCGGCGCGGAAGGCUGACAACGACACGAUCCCACAGGAUAUACGAACCUUCGGAUGCCCGCCAAACACCUGGAACGAGGUAUAGGCGUACAGUCUCAGCCAGGCCUACGCGACAGCAUAGUUCGCGCCGGAGGCAAGGUUUGGGUCCAGCGAAGGCUGGCUGUUGCAGGUGUUGGACCAUGGGGCUAUGACGGAGCUAGAGACUUCCGCAGAAGCCUUGAAUCAUUGUGUGCUAUGCAGGUUUACAAUACAAUGGUCGCGCUUACCGGCGUCGUUCUGGACGAUUCAGGAGCUCACGUGGUUGCCUUCCUACACGAGCUGCCAGGGCUGUGCACGAUGCUUAGUAGUGCUUUCACUCGAGCGGACGUUUUUGAUAUGCGGUGGUCGUGGCGCGUGCGGGAAGCCUGGACUCGAGACAUUGUGACCGCGAUAUGUCAUGUCCAUUCCAGAGGGCUUGUCGUGGGCGUCGUCGGUUUGACCUUGUUUGGCAUCAGGUCGAAUGGCCGCGUUGUUCUCACCAACUUCCGAAAUUCUGGCCGGGAGUUUCAAAAACUGCUAGGAGCCCUACCGCCAGAGUUGAAGAACAUCGGCACACUACCGGCGCACCUUCUGAAUAGUCAAACAGACAUAUGCUAGCUUGGCCUUCUACUAGGGCAGUCUGCAGAAGAGCAGAAUUGUUGUGGCGGAUUCUGUCGGCUAAAACACUGCG